AUGGCUUUGGUUAUGCUGAUGAUUCAACUCAUUUUGUUGCGGCCAGUAAUGGCGUCAGUGGCAAAGCCUGGAUGCCAAGAGAAAUGCGGAAACAUCACCGUUCCCUACCCCUUCGGCUUGGACUACCCAGACUGUUACAGAGAWGGAUACGACCUAACCUGCAAUCAUACUUUCAACCCUCCCAAGCUWUUCAUAUCAACURGUAACCUGGAAAUUUUAGAAAUCUCGCCAUCACUUACCCAAUUGCGAAUCUAUGGCUUCAUGGGAMACRRUUGCUACRAUCGUUCAGGAAGURAAACUGAGUCAUGGUAYUMCUGGGUARAUMUUGAURAUUUGCCCUAUACGUUCUCUGACACUCACAAUAGAUUCACUACAAUUGGGUGCGACACUUKGUCCSAAAUAACAGGCUCUGAAGGCCGGAAUUUCACGAGCGGGUGUUMCAUGGCUUGCAGCGACAAAGAAAGUGUGAUCAAUGGGUCUUGCACAGGUAUCGGUUGUUGUCAGACCUCCAUACCAAAGGGGUUCAAGAAUUUCAAUGUGAAUGUUUGGAGCUAUGAGAACCACACCCGUGUCUGGAAUUUCAAUCCCUGCAGCUAUGCUUUCUUGGUGGACUAUGACUGGUACAGAUUCUCAGUAGAAGAUCUCUCGCAUUUCUACGAAAGAUAUGGAGAUAGUCUCCCACUCGUCCUGGACUGGGCAAUAGAGAACGAGACCUGCGAAACUGUUUCAAGGAUAUACCCUUCUUAUGCUUGCGGCAAGAACAGCGAUUGCUAUAAUUCUCCCAACGGUCUCGGAUAUCUUUGCAACUGCUCUCAAGGUUACCAGGGCAACCCUUAUCUCGAGGAUGGAUGCCAAGACAUAAACGAAUGCGCAUAUCCAAAUAAAAAUGACUGCCAGGGGAUUUGCCAUAACACGCCUGGGGGUUACUAUUGUUCCUGCCCUCCUGGUACAAAAGGCGAUGGAACAAAGAACGGAUCUCCUUGCAUUGCUCCACCAACAAAAUUUCCGGUGAUACAAACCGCCGUAGGUAACGAGUUCUACGCUAGAUAG